AGGCCUGCGCUGCCAGGUACGGCGCCGCGCCCGAGGUGCAGGUCGUCGGAGACGGUCAGUGGUCCAGCGUCCUGCGCUCCGCCGCGGACCUGUCGCACAACCGACAGUUCACCUACGUCCCCUCGCACCUGUCGUUUAUGUGCGUGGAGUUGCUCAAGAAUGCGUGCGAGGCGGUGGUGAGACACCACAGGGACAAGGCGGCGAGCCGCCUACCCCCCGUGCAGGCGAUCUUCGCGCACGGGGACGAGGAGGUAUGCGUCAAGAUAUCCGACCAGGGCGGGGGCAUCGCAAGGAGCGACAUGCUUCUGGCCUGGAGCUACUUUGACGUGGUGGGCAAGGCCGGGGUGCAGGACGCCGCCAAGGGCACUGGGUUGCCGCUGGCCCGUCUCCAUGCGAGAUACUACGGGGGCGACCUGGUGUUGAAGUCCAUGGAGGGCUUCGGCACCGACGCAUACCUCUUCAUGAACAGGCCGGGG